AUGUCUAAGCUCCUUACAUGUGAAGUUCUGUUCAUUUAUGAAGAUUCUCAUGAUUCUGUAUGCUCAUAUGUUGAUGCCAGUAAAAAUGGGGCAAUAGUAGGAACUUUUAGCAAGGAAAAGGAAAUGAACCGUUGCUUGUUUCCCACCAUUGCUGUCCACAGCCAAAAUGAGGAGGUUCAUGUCAACUUUGGGCAAAAGAAGUUUUCUUUUGAUCUGAAGGAAUAUGAAGCUCAAGAAAGGUUGAAGCAGCAGAUGACUAUUGAAAAUAUGCCUCUACCUCCAAAUAUUAGUUAUGGGUAUUUUUUUUCUCCUUCUGCUUUUAUGUAUUUUUGUUCUGUUGUUUUACAUGCCUGUCCAUUACAGUUACCUAUUGGAUGAUUUGAUGUUUGUGGU